ACCGAAACGGAUGGACCUAAUUACGCCUCUCUCGUAAGCGUUUGGUUUUCGAGAAAGUGCCGGUCGGGAAAAUUUUUCAAACCUUUAUUUUCUCGAGAAAAAAAAAAAAAAACCCUAAGUACCCAAUGAACCGUCAGAGUAGUUGUCCUCUUUUAUCUUCCAAACGCCGUCUCUGCAUCUCCUGGGUGAUUAGAUGCAGUCGCGAUCUGUGAUCUGAUCGGCGAGAGAAUUAGAUCGCUCUCAAGAUUGGAAUAUCCUAUCUCCGUUGCCUCGGAAUGAAGGAGGCGGAUCAAUUUUUUUUGGUAGAGAGGAAGGAUGAGUCCAAUUUUGCCAUAAUGAUUAUAAUUUGCAAGUAACAGAAAUGGAGCAGUAUGACCUGCAUGGAGUUAGACGAGAUAUGAAGCACAAAGGAAGGAACGUGGUAUGGUCAAUUGCGAUGGACAAGUGCCUUAUUGAAGCACUUGCUGUUCAGGCUAAAAAUGGGAACAAAAUUGACAAAUGUUUUAAUGAAAAUGCUUACACUGCCGCUUGUAUUGCUGUGAACUCUCGUUUUAACUUGAAUUUGAAUAAUCAAAAAGUUGUUAAUAGACUGAAGACAAUUAAGAAAAGGUAUAAGAUAAUGAAGGAUAUGCUAAGUCAAGAUGGAUUUGGGUGGAAUCCAAAUACCAAGAUGGUUGAGUGUGACAAUGAAGAUCUUUGGAAGCGAUACAUUGCAGCACACCCUGAUGCAAGAGGAUUUCGAGGUAAACAGAUAGAGAUGUACGAUGAACUAAAAAUUGUUUGUGGAAAUUAUCAAGCCCCAAGUCGCUGGGCUAAGAUGAAGGAUGGAAGCCACCCAAUAGAUUUAAAGAAUUGUGAUUAUGACUCUGCCUCUUUUCUUUCCCCAAGUACAGAAUACCAGAGUGAGACAGAUGGAACAGAAUCAUAUACAGGAACACCAGAAUAUGCCCAGAUGCCAGAUGGUACUCAAGAUCCUCCUCUGGGCCAGCCUUUCAGACAACUCCCAAAACGGUCCCGUGGCUCAGAGGCUCUCCAUGAUGCCAUGUUAGCAGUGGCGUCAAGCAUUCGGCGCUUGGCUGACGUGAUGGAGCGAGGCAAAUGCUCAAUUGAUGCCCAUGAGCUACUACAGGCAGUGAUGGAGAUUGAUGGCUUAGAAGAGGCCAAACAGAUGUAUGCUUUUGAGUAUUUGAAUGCCGACCCCAUCAAAGCAAGAGCCUUCUUGACGUACACUGCUCGAAUGAGGAAGAUAUAUUUGUUUCGACAGUUCUGGUGGUGGAAAUGAUUGUAGGUCCCAGGCUUGUAGCAUUUUGGGUAUAUAGCUUAUGAUGUUUUGGGUGUUUUCUGGACAAAAUGCGCGUUAUUAAAUCGUCUUUGUUAGGUAAAUGUAUAGAUUAGAUAUUCACAGCGUGGAUAUAAUUGGCUAGAAGCUGGGAUUGUAAAGACAUUUUCUGGCUUCCUUGCUGCCUGUUUUGAAAGUGAAGCGUGUAUGAAGUUUAAGAAGGCUUUUCUUGGCUUUUCGCGACUGUAAGAGAUCAGUUUUAAGACUUAGCAUGGAAUUUAACGUGUAUAUUGUCUUGAA